AAGUGCCCCGUCAUGUUUAGCAGAGUUCCCAUGGCCAGCGUUCUCCACAGUGGAUGUCGAGUCAGCCGCAGCAAAGGGUCGCUUCCUGUUUAUCAGCCGGACCGAAGGGGAGGAGACGAUGGAGACUGCAUAUAAAGAGAAGGCAGCGGAGCAUGCAGAAAGAACAGAAAAAGCCCAGAGCUUCCAGACUAGAGCGAGGGUACCACUGUGGUCUUUAACAACAAACAACAAGUCAAAGAAAAAGUCACCGUAACAACAUUUUCUUCCUCUGACAGAAAUGGAGACGGAGAACAAAGCCCAGACAGAAGAAGAGGUGGAGAUGCCUAACAGGGACCUGUCCGAACAGAUCAAAGAGGCUACCAAAGACAGCCAUGUGAGGGCAGAGAACACAGGGCUGAUGUUGAGCUAUCAAAAGGGACAGGUCACCCUGGCCCAGUACAAGCUGCUGCUGUGUUCACUGCACCACAUCUACGUAGCUUUGGAGGAAGAGCUGGACAAGAACAGCAGCCACCCGGGGGUAGCACCAAUCUACUUCCCCACCGAGCUGGCCCGACGGGAGCUGAUCGAGGAGGACCUGGAGCACUUCUACGGACAGGACUGGAGGGAGAAGAUGGUUGUGCCCAAAGCCGCUGAAAGAUACGCCCACAGACUACGACAGAUUGGAGGAGAGAAUCCGGAACUCCUGGUUGCCCACGCAUAUACCCGUUACCUAGGUGACCUUUCCGGGGGUCAGGUCCUUGGCCGCAUUACCCAGAAGUCCCUUGGGCUGAAGAAUGGCGAUGGCGUUGCGUUCUUCACGUUUCCAGGCGUGUCCAGCCCCAACCGGUUCAAGCAGCUGUACCGGAGCCGGAUGAACAGCGUGGAGCUGACUGAGGAGCAGAGGAAGGGGGUACUGGAGGAGGCUGUCCGGGCCUUUGAGCUCAACAUACAGGUCUUUGAUGCGCUACAGGAUUUGGUUUCCAGUAUGCAGAGAGAGGCAGAUAGGCAAACACACACAUCACAGGCAGAACAGCUCAAUGGAACUCAACGGUUGAGCAACACUCUGCCGUUCCCAGGGAAGCUGAUCACCUCCACCCCUCUCUUCAGGAUGGUGAUGGGGCUCUGUGUGGCCCUUGCUACAGUCUGCAUGGGAAUCUAUGCUUUUUAAGAGAAUUUAUUUUUAUACUUUUUUCCAAUGAUAGUGAUGCAGCCCAAUAGCCUCAUGUAGACUAGAGAGCUGUAAUGCAAGCUGUAAUGUUAUCGCAUGUCUCGAAUCAUGACUAGCACAACACUCCUUAUAAGGAGGCCUACCCCAAGGUAUAUAUUUUUCUGCAAUUCAAAAAUGAGGUGUUCAUUUUCUUUUCCUUAGUAAAAAAGAAUGGUGUCAUCGUUUUUGUAAAAAAAUAUUGUGGACAUCAUUUGUCCUUAUUUAAGGGCUGAAACAUUUGUCAACAAGAAACAUUUUUGUAGAUACUUCUCAUGCUAAAAUGUGUUAUUUUCUUAGCUCAACCUGUUUUAAUAUAUAUCCAAUACUGUAUUGCUUGUAGAUGUGGAUAGUGAGCCGUUAGUAUUUCCCUUAUUUAUGGACAUCUCCUUAGAUAUUUCUUUUUUCAGAUUAUAUGUUCAUUGAUUGGAGUCUGUUGUAUUUUUGGAUGGUUUUUCUGAUAUUCAGUGCAAAACGCAAACUUACAAGGCUAAAACAGAGCAUUUUUUAACAUUAUGCAACUUUUUCAUCCAAUAACGAAUCUGCCAUUUAUUAUUUAGUAUGUUCUGUUGGGACACUGACGGUUUAAAUUGUAAAAUGUGUUAAAAUGCUGCCAUCUACUGGCGAACUAAAAGCAUCGCCAACAUCAGAAAAACUCCAAACGCUCCCUAUACAAGUUCUUUUAAUAUUUAAAUAUAUAUGUAUAUUGUUUGAACCCCUUGAAAUAUAUGUAAAUAAACUUUACAUUACUUUGUCAUCAACUUUUAUGAUUUUCUUAGUCAGUAUAACAUUCCAUCCAUGCCAAGAAGGCAACACCCGAAAGGUAUAGCAAAUGAUCAUUCUUCUCACAAAUGUUCUUACCUUUAGCUCAAAAUAACAGUGGUUAAAAUGAGUAAACUUUACCUUGGAAAUAAAACAAUCUGACUAAAGUAUCUACUGUCGAUGAUUAAU